AUGGGUGUAAUGGGCGGACACUUCGUCGACCUAUAUCCAAGAGAUGGCUUCUUCAAAUGGCGACUGGUGCCCUUCGUCUUGAUCUGGGCAGCCUUUACAAUUGUGUUGGUGAUAUGGCUGUUCAUCACCCUCUUCGUCCCGAACCCACGCAAAGCCAGACCCUCGGAAAAGAAAUACACCACAGUCGACAAAACAGGCCAAGUCACCACGCCGGAACCUCUGCCGUGCUGGUACGAUGACAUCCUCCGGAAAUACAUCAAGGCGAAACAAGAAGACAAGCCAAUCGACUUGGAGAAAGAAAUCGAACCUCCGGAGUUAUUCAUGACGCUUGUCGUCCCGGCGUUCAAUGAGGAGGACAGACUCACCGGCAUGCUGGAGGAGGCCGUCAAUUUCCUGGAGACGGAGUAUGGGUCUUCCGCGGCAGGAGAGAUCCAAGAGAAGGCAGACACGACCGCCACCACCACAACGACGUCCACCUCAAGCGAGAAAGUGGUCGAAGCAAACUUGAACAACAAACCCACCGCACGACGCAGGCAAGCCAAUGGCACGAACACCAAGAACUCAUCAUCUUCGUCACCCCCUCCACUGCGAGGCUGGGAAAUCCUCGUCAUCGACGACGGCUCGACCGACCGUACGGUGCAGACAGUGCAGACGUUUUCACGAACGCACAUUCUACCGAAACACCCACGCCGCCUGUCCGGGCCGUGGACACACCGGAGCGACACGGGCGUCAAGAUCCCGCCGGGGUCGAUCCGGCUCGUGUCGCUCGAGGAGAACCGCGGCAAAGGCGGCGCCGUGACCCACGGCAUGCGCCACGCCCGGGGCCAAUACGUGGUCUUUGCCGAUGCGGACGGCGCCUCCAAGUUUUCCGACCUGACCAAACUCGUGACCGCGUGCCAGGAGAUCGAGGACGACCUGGGCCGCGGCGUCGCCGUGGGCAGUCGCGCCCAUCUCGUCGGCAGCGAGGCCGUGGUCAAGCGCUCGAAACUGCGCAACUUCCUGAUGCAUUCGUUCCAUUUCCUCCUCAAACUCAUGACCCCGCCGCAGACCGCGCGCAUCAAGGACACCCAGUGCGGCUUCAAGCUGUUUUCGCGCCCGACCCUGCCCUACAUCGUGCCCCACAUGCAUAUGGACGGCUGGAUCUUCGAUGUCGAAAUGCUCAUGCUGGCCGAGUUUGCCGGCGUUCCGGUCGUCGAGGUCGCCGUCGGUUGGAAGGAGGUCUUCGGGAGUAAAUUGAAUGUCAUCAGGGACAGUGUCGCCAUGGCUUUUGGCUUGGCCGUGCUGAGGAUAUGUUGGGGAACUGGCAUCUAUAGAAGAUGA